AUUCCGAGUAAAAGAGAAGAAAAAAAAGGUAAACAAAAGAAAACGACGCCGAGCAACUAUUUUAACUUCCGGUUCGGCCGACCUCUCUCUUCCGGCUUCUCCGGCGUGACCGACGUUUCGUGUCUGUACAGACUUAAAGAAUGCGUUACGUGGCCGCUUACCUGUUGGCUGGGCUCGGUGGCAAUACCAGCCCCACAGCUAAGGACAUCAAGGCCAUCCUGGGCAGCGUGGGAAUUGAGGCCGACGAUGAACGCUUAAACAAGGUCAUCAGCGAACUGAGCGGAAAAGACAUCAAUGAAGUUUUGAACUCAGGCCUCUCUAAGUUGGCCUCCGUACCAGCAGGUGGGGCUGUAACAACUCCUGCUGCUGGUGGUGGGGCGGCUGGAGCAGUGGCUGCACCUGCUGCUGCGGAAGAGAAAAAGGAAGAGAAGAAAGAGGAAUCUGAAGAGUCAGAUGAGGACAUGGGCUUCGGACUCUUUGAUUAAUCUGCCUUCCCUUUGGCUGAAAAAAAAUAAAAAUGUAAGCAAUUCACAGAAAA